AUACUCGUUAUGCACGCUGGGGGAGGGAGAGGUAUGAGGGAAGAAGCCUUGGGCCAUGCUAUCCUGUCCCCACACACCGAGUUCACCAGUAACAACAGGGAGUUCAACACUUGCUAUUGCCCGUUAGUCAUCCAGGAAUCUGGACUUUCCAAGUAAUGGCCGCGGCGUCACUUACAUGACGUCUUUACUUCCUGUCGCGCCUUUCCGACCUUCUCUCUUAAACGCACACUCACAAACACAAACACACAGUCAUGGCGAGAUCCUUGCCGCCGCCGCUUCUACUGCUACUCAUGGCGCUAAGUCCUGGAACCGCACCAAGCCCCACACUGGCCGUGGACUGCAGUUCUGCGGACACCGUCGUGAAGGAAGGACAAACAAAAGUAAUUGUGAGGGUUCGCUUUGCUGAGAUAAAAUACGACCUUAUUUUGUUUGUGAAACCUGAGAGUAACUUUCAGGGCGUCCGGCUUGAUGUACAGGAAACAGACGGCACUAACCACACUGCCUGGUUACCUGCUGAAUGUGUCCCGAGCGAUGGCACGUGGCGGGAAUUCCUGGUGUGGACAGGGUUAACCGAGAACAAGGUUGCCUUGCGCUUUAGGACUGGUAAAUGCAGGAAGUGGUGUGAGAGCGAAUCUGCCUCUCGACAGCCCAUCAGAGUCACCGUGGUGGCUUACGGCUCUUCCAGGUGGAUAAAAAGAUAUGCACUCGAGGGUUGUAACGUGGCCAAGGUUUCGACAACUGUUUCACCAGAACAUCUGCCCAGCUGUCAGCAGCCUCCAUUCACUAAUACUACCACCAAAACUACUAACACCAACAACACGACCUCUGGAACGCCCUUUAUUGUUAAGCUGACACAGGACAAGAUAAUAAUCAUAGCGGCGGUAGCAGCAGGAGUGAUGGUGGUGGUUGUGGUGAUGGUGCUGGUUGUCUGUCGGAGGCGGCAAUCUGUGACAUUACGUGCAAAUGAGUGAGGUUCCAGUCCCAGCUUGACGUCUUCAUCCACUUCCUGCAGUUCACCACCGGGCAGGGAAACAUCCCAGUCAAAGACAAGGAAGGCUUCUGUCACAGUAUCCUGCCUGACCUCACAGCAAGCCGAGAGAUGGUGUCAUGGCCUGCAUAGAACUCAAAAAGUCCGUUUGCUGUGUUGUAAUGCCUGAACACGGCGUGUGGCCUCGCUCACCUGUUUAUGAGAAUGCGACUCUUCCCACUGGUGGUGCCUCACUUCACGGGCACCUGGAGGCUCCGGGAAUCAGUGAGUCACAGAUCCACUCCACGGUGCCUAGGCAACGUGCACUGCAGGCUGGAAAACACAAUCAGACGGCUGAAAGGGAACCAAUUCCUAUCUUUUGCAAAGGAUCGGCAUUUGGGAAGGCUUAUCCCUUCAGUGAUGUCUCGUGAUUUGGUUAGUUUGGUUUAUCUUAGCUAAACUUAUUGUUUGUUUGUUUGUUUGUGUGCCUGUCGAAGAGUGGCCUUGGUUGACUAGUGCAGCUCAGUGACCAGAGCGCAUUACCUGCUGGGGCGCCGAACCACUGUAUGUGUGUGUGUGUGUGUGUGUGUGUGUGUGUGUGUGUGUGUGUGUGUGUUAUUGUUGUUAUUAUUAUAAUUGUAUUAAAUUUUCCUAUUUUUUUCUUCCUCUCUGCUUGGCCUGUGCGCGCUGAGAUUAAGCGAAUGUGGAUGUUAGGUAGGUUUAUUUAGUAUUGGCAUUACUUUAAUUGCAACCUUUCUUUUAAAAUUAAUAUUACUUGAUAAUACGUUAACUUUGGCCGCCAGUGGCAGUGGGUGCCAGUAGAAUGGUGUUGGCGGCACUCGGGAGUGUGACUUGUUCGGCUGGCAGUCUUGCCACUGAACAAGGAAUUGUGUAAAUCUAGUAAAUACACAAAC